AUGGUCCGGUACAAGAUCCGGCGAAGUUCGCCUGAGGCCUCUUGGCGAGACCGCUCCGAACGCGGACAUGGGAAGCACUUCGGGCAGAGGACAGCAGCAUCAGGCAGAGAAACAAGACAGAAAGGUGCAGAUCACGACAGCCGGACCCCACAGAGGUCCUGGCAGUCUUCACGGGACCGCAGCCGCAGCGUUCGGUCAGAAGGCUGUGGCCGCGUGGUGCUGCGCGCUCGAGAGGCUUCGAGGUCCCGGUCUGACAGGCGCGCCUUGAGCCCGAGCGUGCCAAGACAACCGCCGCGGCGGCGACGCCAGGGAGUGCCACGGAGCAACUCCGAGGUGGGGAGACGGGAUCGUUCAAGGCUCCGUGGCCAAAGUGCAGAGCCUGUCCGCACCCCGAAAGCUCGGAAACGGGCGCUGCCGAGGGCAGCGGAAAAGACCCGAGCGCCACUGCCUGACCGGCCUGACCGGAAGCUCGAUCGUCUCGAUCGGGAGCCGGAGCCCUCCAGAGAACGCUCAGAACGGGCCUCCGACUCACGAGAAUCACGAGACCGCGAGCGGUCUGCCAGGGAUCGGCAGCAAAAGGAGUACAUGCAGAUGGCAGCCCAGCAGGCAGCCUAUAUGCAGUUCAUGCACAAUCCGGGAUACAUGGCCAUGAUGCAGCAGAUGGGAAUGAUGCCGCCCCACAUGAUGCCGAUGGGCAUGAGGUGGGGCCCCAGCAUGGGCCCGGGCGUCUCGAACUCGCGGUCAGGCAAGCGAUCCUCCAGCAGCGAGAGCUAUUCCAGCAAGUCACGCAGAGAAGGCGCGCAGCCGUCUGCGAGUGCGAACUUGGCAUCUGAGUUGGAGGAGUUCCUGCAGGCAGCCAGCGACCUCGAAGUCGAGGUGGCCAAUCGCCUUCGAGACAUGCCACCGCACCUGCAGCAGGAGGUCAUGCGGCGCGGCCCUUUGGAUGUCAGGAGCCCAACCUCCUCGCUGCUGAGUCGUAUGAAGCAGGCCCUCGAGGCGGAUCGGUCCGGCUGCCUUCGAGGUCGACACAACGGAGGGAUGCGACCGGUGAAGCAGUCUGCGAAAACAGCGAUAGAGGCAUUGAUCAACGACUUCCACCUGCAACCGGAAUGUGCCUGGAUGUUACGCUCUCUGCCACCAGACAAGCAGAAGCUGGCUGCAAGAAUCGACCCUUCCGGUCAAGAAGAUGCAUCUGGGUACGUGGCGGAGGAGCUCAAGAAGAUCGUGUGA